CUGUAGUAACGCCUGCGCAUGCGUAGUCUUACGCAUGCGUAGAAUUAAACAAGCAAGCGUUUCCCGCUCAAUUCAUUCUCUUUCUCGCUGGCCAGCGAUUGAGCAUGGACGUGUGUUUAAAGCUGUCUCUACAUCUUUCGGUCUUACACUCGACAGCUCGUUAUUCUCACCUCUAAAGAUGUAUAACUAAAGAUAUCGUAUGGCUGAAAUGAACAAAAUCCAAGACAACCGGAUAAAACUAGACAUCGGUGGAAUUCAGUUCACUACGUCGUUGCUCACUCUUAGAAAAGAUAUGACAUCCAUGCUGGCAGCCAUGUUUAGUGGACGCCAUCUUCUCAAAACAGAAAACGACGGGAGUUAUUUCAUCGACCGCGAUGGCACCCAUUUCCGAUACAUCUUGAACUACUUGAGAGACGGAGGUUUGAAAGAAGGCACCCUACCAAUGACGAACGAAACUGCACUCAAAGAACUUCUCAUCGAAGCCGAAUAUUAUCAGUUGAUUGAUCUCAUAGACUGUCUCCAGAAUAUUCUGCAGAAGAAAGAAGACAAAUAUACAAACGAGAAAGAAACGGAAAACGUGAAAGACGAAGAAAAAGAAAAAGAAACAGAGACAAUUGAAUAAAUUGGGGGUGGAAAUAAUAAUAAUAAAAAAAAACAAAACAGAUAAAAAUUAAAGAAAUUUCUGCAGAGAAUAAAUUUGCUUUGAUGAAGGUAAAUCCUUUAAGAAAAGUUUGUAAAAAUGAAACAAACAAAAAGCAAUAAAAACGCCGAAACAAUA